GGCGCAGUGACGCGGCGUCAGCGCUCAGCCAUGACCUCCCUGCUGGUGGCGGGCCUCUGCGCCCUUCUGGUCGCCGGACAGCACGCGUCCGGCCGGAGGAGGGCCGAGCAGCAGCCGACCUCGCUGCACAGGUGGCUCAUCUGCUCCCAGUCGUGUCAGACGGCCGACGCGCUGUACGGCGCCUGCGAGCCGGCGCACCGGUGCCCCGACCACCGGCUGCGCGCCUCGUCGUUCGUGACGCUGUGCGAGCUCGGCCUGGGUCACCAGGCCGUCUGCUGUCCAUGGGUGCGACAGGAGCGGGUGCACCAGCACGAGCUGAUCCAGUGCGGCCGGCUGUGCGCCACCGACCGUUCGAAGCGGGCCCUGUACGGCACGUGCCUCUACCGGGACGAGUGCCCGGCAGACCGGCGCCGGCUGGUCGGCCGCCUCUCCGCCUGCACCAGCGCCGGCUUCAGGGGCAGGGUCUGCUGCCCCUUCCAGCCGCCAGUCCUGGUAGCGAAGAAUCAACUGAACAUCACCCACUUGAACGGUCUGAAGAGCACCAGUCCCUUCGACAACCGGGAGCCCAUCGAAAAAUCUACUCCAAAGCCAAACAUCGGCCCUGCACCUGUCCCACUAUCAAUAACAAAAUCUGCAAGGCUGGUCGAUUCAAAACCAUUCACCGAAACUGCUACUGAGCCUACGAUAUCGACUACCCCAAAACCAAUUACCAAAACUACCUCCAAGCCUAUAAUACCAACUACCCAAAAACCAACCACCCAAACGACUACCAAACCUACAAUACCAACUACCCUAAAACCCAUUACCAAAACUACUACCAAGCCUUUAAUACCAACUACCCAAAAAGCAUCCAUCAAAACGACUACCAGGCCUACAAUACCAACUACCCUAAAACCAAUCACCAAAACUACUACCAAGCCUACAAUACCGACUACACCAAAACCAUCUCAAUCUUCCUUCUCGCUCUCUCCCAAACCCUCAGCCAUUCCUGACGAAGAAACAACGGAGCAACCAGCAACAAUAACGACCGGGUUUUCAUGGGCAUCACCGCAGAAACUACAAACAUCAGUAUGUGGCAAGCCACAAGAAAAGCACCGUCAAACUGCUAUUGAGAAGAUAGAGAAGCUGCGUGAGAUGGAAGAGGAGACAGGCACACAUUCAAAAGAUUUCGGAAGAAAAAUCGUGGGCGGAAGGCUCGCCAACCCUACCCAUUGGCCCUGGAUGGUGCUGCUCGACAUAUGGGACUUAUAUGAGGGCCGCUAUAAGCUGCACUGCGGCGCCACGCUGAUCGACCACAUGCACGUGCUCACGGCGGCGCACUGCCUCAACGUACCGGCGCAACUCGCCAGAAAUGCAUCCAUCCGUUUUCAGCGGCUGUACAGCAGCGAAAUAUUUAUCAGAGUUCGCGUGGGCGUGUAUGUCCGCAGCCAAGACACCCCGGGUAGUUACGGAGUUCAUCGCAUUUUCAUCUAUCCGAAUUUUCAGAAAGGUCAACUGCAGGACGACAUCGCCAUCCUGCGUCUGACGAUGUUCGUGCCCUACACGUCGCUGGUGCAGCCCAUCUGUCUGCCACGGAGCGACACGGGCGACCUGGAGAACCACACCGUCAUCGCGGCCGGCUGGGGUCUCACCUCCGAUGGAAGUUUCUCCGACAAGCUAAGAUCUGUGGCCAUCAAGGGCAGGAACCUACGAGAAUGCGAGAAAAGAUACCUGGCGAUCGCUUCUGAGCAGUUUCCGGGAGGCUUUGGCGACACCAAGCUGUGCGCUGGCUCUCCGAUGGCUGGCGAGGACGCCUGCCAGGGCGACUCUGGCGGUCCGCUGGUGAUCGUCGACUCCGAAGGAUACCGAUACCUGGUCGGCAUAGUGUCGAGUGGACACCCGCGCUGCGGCGACUCCCAGUACCCGGGCAUCUACACGCGCGUCAGCUCCUACCUCGGCUGGAUCAAACAGCACACCACCUUCGGGAUCAAGCCGUUUACAACGGACGUCUCCCUACAACGCUCAGCUCCCUGGAGGAAGAAGACCAAGUUGCACAUGAUCUUACCCGUUCCUUUCAAAAAGAGUAAAAGAGGAAUUUUGCUUCCCCCUCCUAUUCCGUUUCCUAAUGAGCCUCGGUCAUCACUCGAUGAAUAAUGGCGCACGGCACCAGGAUCGCGCAUAUCUGUGCACUAUUAUCGACCCAUAAAUUGAUGAACGGUGAACACGAUAGAAAUAUGUCCAGAUGCAUGGCCAACGCCCUUUUCUUUUCAGGAUCUAUGCAGUGCAUGCAUGCAUGUAAAAAAAAAAUUGUUGACAUGUUGCCAUCGACAUGGUGAUUUUAGGCAAUAUACACAUGUCUUCAAGGAUGGAACUGCUGCCUUUGAUCCCAAUAACCCGCAUGUG